GUUGGUUUUGUGUUUCGAGGAUGACAGUGUUUGAUUUGUUGGUUCAUCCUGUGGUCGUUGGUCUUGUUGUUAUCGUUGUUGCAAGCGGCAUGAUGGGUUUCUUCUCAUCCAAGCAGCAUUUCCCCGUCGAGGGCAGGACGGUCCUGCUGACUGGAGGCUCCAGUGGUAUGGGAAGAGCUCUAGCAAAGAAACUAGCCGAACAAGGCGCGAAUGUCUGCAUUGUCGCAAGAAACCAACAAAAGCUCGAUGAAACAAUCGACUACAUCAAGUCUCAUGCCAAAUUUCCAAACCAACGCUUCCUAGCCAUCAGUGCCGACUGCACCUCGGCCACAGAAAACACCCGCAUCCUCGACGAAACAACCACAUGGAACAAUUCCACCCCUCCCGACAUCAUCUGGGCAAACGCCGGCUCCUCCUCCCCCGGCCUCUUCAUCGACACCCCCCUAGAAACACACAGAGCCCAAAUGGACAUGAACUACUGGUCCUCCUUCUACCUCGCCCACGCUUCCCUGAAACUCUGGCUUUCCCCCUCCUCCCCUCAGGACAAGAAAGAGAAGGAAGCAGCCAAGACAGCGGAACCAAGACACUUCAUCAUCACAUCCAGUGUCGUCGCUUUCGUAGGCCUAGCAGGCUACACCCCCUACGCACCCGCCAAAGCAGCUCUGAAAUCCCUCGCCGAUUCCCUACGUAUGGAAUUAAACCUCUACAGCGGCUCCCGUCAAUCAUCCACCCACCCUUCCCCCACCUCGGAGGUCAAAAUCCACCUCGUCUGCCCCGCGACCAUCCUAUCCCCCGGCUACGAUGCCGAGAAUGAAAUCAAACAUGCCGUCACAAAGAUGUUGGAAGAAGACGAUCCUAAACAAACUUCAGAGCAGGUCGCGGAAGCUGCGUUGGAGGGAUUGAGGAGGGGUGAUUAUGUGAUAACGACGCAGUGGUUGGCUCAUGCGAUGAGGGUUUGCGCUUUGGGAGGGAGUCCGAGGAAUGGAUGGGGGAUUGUGGAUGUUUUGUUCGGGUGGGUUAUGGGGGUUGCUUGGGUGUUCAUCGCGCCGGUUUUGGAGGGGAAGGUGUGGAGGUGGGGCAGGGAUCAUGGAUGCGCGAGUGCUUGA